AUGUCGUUCAUUGCACGAGUUUUCAUCUGCUUCUCAGCGGUGGUUGCCUAUGCUUCUGGCUUUACCUUAUCCACAUCCUUGUCGGUCUCGUCCAUACGACACCAUGCAGCCCCAUUGAAUGCUGAAGCAGCUCAUGAACCAAUUCGAUUGAAUAAGGUAUUCAAAAAAACUCACUCGAGACGGCAAGCUGAUCAACUGAUUGCCGAUGGGCGAAUCACUGUCAAUGGCGAACCGAGUCAUUCGGCGGGACAAAGGGUAGUACCCUUUGAAGAUGUCGUUUGUUUGGAUGGAAACGUUGUCGAAGGGUGGGAAGCAAUGAACCACUUGCAAGUCCCCCAGAACGGGGAAAGAGGUCCGAAGGAAACUAGCCAGAACGGUGAACGGAAACGAGAGGAUGCGGGAGGUGCGCUUGAUGCUUUUGAAUACAUCAAAUACUGGAAGCCGCUAGGAGUGACAUGUACCACGGACCGAAGGAUUGACAACAAUCUAAUCGAUGCGCUCGGGGAUGAUGGAUAUCAUCCCAAGACUCGCGUCUUUCCUGUUGGCCGCCUUGAUAAAGAAACAUCUGGGCUUUUGCUAAUGACAUCUGACGGCCGGUUGCCAAAUUCCGCCUUGAGAGGAAGGUUCAAACAACCCAAGACAUAUUUGGUACGGACCAAUCGACCAGUGGAACCAGACGACGUCCAACAACUACGAGAAGGCGUGAUCAUUACGACUCUAGCCCAACGGGAUGGGAAUCGAGCCAAGCCAUUGACUGCACCGACAUUGCCAUGUCCAGUCAGACAAAACAAAAGGGAUCCACAUGUAUUGGAGAUCACCCUGGUGGAAGGGAGGAACCGACAGAUUCGAAAAAUGAUGGAGGCGGUUGGAUACCAUGUAUUUGCUCUUCAUCGAAAAGGCUUUUUGCAAAUGAAUCUUGACAACUUGGAAGGCCCAGGUGAUUGGGCCAAGCUGUCGAACGACGAGAUGAAAAUUAUUGAGGAAGUCCUUGCUGCAGCAGAAGAGGACGACGGUGACUUUUGA